CCACUACUUUCAUACCAACCUAUGACAGAGAUGAAAUUCCCUUAUAUCUCAGCAACCACCAGAUGGGGUCCCCCACCCCCAUCUACCCAGGGCGUGCAGGCUGCAGUGGAUGAGGUGGUGCAGGCCUGGGAGCAGGCCCAGGCCCGGGCCAAGGCCGAUCAGGCCAUCCAGGCCAGCCAGCUGACUGACGCGAACCCCUGGCUGCGGAUGACUCAGUGGGCCGACUAUCUGCAGGGCACCCAGGCCCAUGACCUGCUAGCCUGCGUGGCAGCCCCGGAGGAAGAUCCCCAGGAUGCCACUGAGCAGCGCGUGCAGGUCAUCUGGGCCACCAUGGAGCAGGUUGCCUGUAAGAGCCAGCAGACAGUCCAGCAUUGCGGCCAGGCCAUCCGGGUGGAAGCCGUCUGGUCUGAAAAGGGGCAGACCCCAUACCGGCCGCUGCUGGCAUACAUGGAUGAGGCUGCGGUCCAGAAGCAUGCCCCGCACGGCUGGACCAGCCCGAAAUAUGGGAUGACCGCGCGGCAGCGCCAGAAAUGGCGGCAGCUGUGGCAGCUCGCUAGCCAGGCCGUAGUUCCAGGGGACCGGGAGGACCGGGAGGACCUAGAGGACCUGGAGAACCCAGAGGACCUAGAGGUAUGGGCGAUGACUGCUAUAGAAAAAGCAUGCUUAGAAUUUUGCAUUGAGCUGCUCAACCAGCGCCAUCGCAGCCAUGAAUAUGAGAGUGCAUUAGUAUGCGCCAUGGCCGUACUUGGUCAGGGUGAGGCUGGCUGGCGGGACCCAGAGAGCUACCCACCAAUAUUAUCCUGUGUGAUCAAGGUGGCCCGAUUCAUGGUGGUCCAGAAAGCAUUAUGGAUGGACCUGAAUCCAUGGCAGAUCAUUCAGACCUGGAUACAAAAGGACCAGAGCGCUGAAUGGGUCCUAGCUAGCGCAGAUGAUCAACUUGGGGAGAUUGAUGAGGGAUAUGGCAGUGAUGACCCCUGA